CAGACGUUAUUUCGCACAACACAGCCAACUACACCGCAUGGCAGUAUAGAAGGGAUAUACUGAUCGCCCUUAAUAUGGACCUGAGGAACGAGCUUCGCUACACAUCAGAUAUGGGCGCCCAGAAUGUCAAGAAUUAUCAGAUUUGGCACCACCGUCGGUUUCUGGUACAACAACUCAACUACGGGGCAGAGGAAAUUGACUACUGUAAUGAACUGCUGGAAGAUGACUCAAAGAACUACCACGCCUGGACACAUCGGCAAUGGGCGCUGAAAGAAUUCAACGAGUGGGACAACGAGUUGAAAUAUAUCGAGCUUCUUCUCAAUCAAGACGUGCGCAACAACUCUGCCUGGAAUCAUAGGCAUUUCGUGAUAACAAACACAACAGGUUACACGAACGAGGUGAUGGAUAGAGAAGUGGUCUACACACUCGAUAAGAUCAAAAUCGCACCCAAUAACGAAAGUCCGUGGAAUUACCUUACGGGUGCACUGCUUUGUGGGAAACUGACGAGCGUACCGGAGGUGAAAACCUUUGCAGAAGAGAUGAUGGACAAAGGUAUCAGGUCGCCGUACGUGGCAGCUACCUUGGCGAAAGUAUAUGAAGAAGAAUUCGCACAGGGAAGGGAAGAGAGCCGGAAGGAAGCGGUUAAUAUGUACGACAAACUCUCGUCGGAUCUAGAUGGUAUUCGCAGAGCAUACUGGGAGCACCGCAAGGAGGCCUUGCUGUCUGCGUGAAAUAUUUACCGUAGUUCCUCACACCUUUAUAAAAUAAAUUACACACUUUCAUCCAUAAAAAUAAAAGUUUUCUUUCGAAUGCCAA